AUGUGGAAAAAGUCCAUUAAGCAGAGCUGGCGCAAAACAGCAGGAUCUUGGCCAGCUCCAGCUGGCCGGCGGCUCCCCACGCAGGAUGGCCGGAUCCCCCGGGGAAGUCGCCCCAGCCUCCGCUGCCACCCCGGCUGUCCUCUUGGCAGCGUUGGCCACCUGCCUCUCGGCCGCCACCAGCGAAGUGAAUUUGCUGGAUACGUCCAAGAUUAUAGGAGACUGGGGCUGGCUCAUUUAUCCUUCCCACGGGUGGGACUCCAUCAACGAGAUGGACGAAUUCUUCCAGCCCAUCCACACUUACCAGGUGUGCAACGUCAUGACGGCCAAUCAGAACAACUGGCUGAGGACCAGUUGGAUCCAGCGGCACGGAGCUCACCGGGUUUACGCCGAGAUCCAGUUCACCCUACGGGAUUGCAACAGUAUGCCCGGUGUGCUGGGCACUUGCAAAGAGACCUUUAACCUUUACUACCUCCAAUCCGACCGGGAUCUGGGCAGUACCACCCGCGAGAGCCAGUUUGUCAAAAUCGACACCAUCGCGGCCGACGAGAGUUUCACCAACGUCGACCUCGGGGUCCGGCGUCUGAAGCUGAACACCGAAGUCCGAGGGGUUGGACCCCUCACCAAGCGGGGUUUUUACCUGGCCUUCCAGGAUAUCGGGGCCUGUAUCGCCGUCGUGUCCGUCCGCGUCUAUUACAAGAAGUGUCCCGCCAUGGUCAGGAACCUGGCGGCUUUCUCCGAAGCGGUGACGGGUGCGGAUUCCUCCUCCCUGGUGGAGGUGCGGGGAGAGUGCGUGUCGCACUCGGAGGAGAGGGACACCCCCAAAAUGUACUGCAGCGCGGAAGGAGAGUGGCUGGUGCCCAUCGGGAAGUGCGUCUGCAGCGCCGGGUACGAAGAACGGAAGGACGCGUGUUCGGCCUGCCAAGUUGGGUUUUAUAAAUCUUCCCCCGGAGACCAGCUGUGUGCCAGGUGUCCCGCUAACAGCUACUCCGACACCUUGGCCGCGCAGGUGUGCCGCUGUGAAAACACCUUUUACCGGGCGCCCCAGGAUCCCCCUUCGGCGGCCUGCACCCCUACGUAUCUCCCUUCUCGUCCUCCUUCCGCUCCCACGAACCUGCUCUCCAGCGUGAACGGCACGACCGUGACCCUCGACUGGGCCCCUCCGCUGGACAAAGGAGGACGCCAAGACGUCACUUACAACGUGAUCUGUCAUCGCUGCACCUGGGGAGGGGGCCAUUGCGAAUCCUGCGGGUCCGGGAUCCGUUUCCUCCCUCAGCAGAUGAAUUUGGCCCAAGGGUCUCUAUCCAUCUCCAACCUCAUGGCUCACACCAAUUAUUCCUUCUCGGUGGAGGCCGUCAACGGCGUCUCCGACCUCAGCUUCGAGUCCCCAAGAUUUGUGGCCGUCAACAUCACCACGAACCAGGCAGCGCCUUCCCAAGUGACAGCAAUCGAACAGCAAAAUGUGGGUCAGAACAGCGUCACCCUCCUCUGGUCCCAGCCGGAGCAGCCAAACGGCAUUAUUCUGGAAUACGAAAUUAAAUAUUACGAGAAGGACAAGGAGAUGCAGAGCUAUUCCACCCUGAAGUCCAAGGGCAACCGUACCACCGUCUUCGGCCUGAAACCGGCCACCCGGUACAUAUUCCAGGUCCGAGCUCGGACAUCGGCCGGCUGCGGCAAGUUCAGCGAAGCCUUGGAGGUCGAAACAGCCAAAGCAAUAGUCCCCCAGUAUGACACCAUGACGGUGGUCUGGGUCUGCCUGACACUCAUCAGCGGCUUAGUAGCAAUGCUUCUACUCCUCAUUUGCAAGAAGAGGCACUGUGGCUACAGCAAAGCUUUCCAAGAUCCCGACGAGGAAAAAAUGCAUUACCAGAACGGGCAGGUGAAAUUCCCCGAGUCUAAAUUUUACCUGGAAUCGCACACCUACGAAGACCCCUGCCAGGCCGCGCACGAAGUCAUGCGGGAAAUCGAUGCGUCUCGGAUUAAAAUCGAGCGAGUGAUCGGCUCGGGUGAAUCCGGGGAGGUUUGUUACGGCCGCCUGAAGAUCCCUGGGAAAAGAGAGGUACCCGUGGCGGUCAAGGCCCUGAAACCUGGUUACACGGAAAAGCAGCGGCGGGAUUUUCUCAGCGAAGCCAGCAUCAUGGCCCGGUUUGAUCACCCCAACGUUAUCCACCUGGAAGGGGUGGUGACCAAAAGUAAACUGAUGAUGAUUGUGAGCGAGUAUAUGGAAAAUGGAUCGCUGGAUUCCUUCCUCCGGAAACACGACGGGCAAUUUACGGUUCUCCAGCUGGUAGUCAUGCUCAGGGGCAUCGGUGCCGGCAUGCGCUACCUCUCCGAUCUGGGUUACGUCCACCGGGACCUGGCGGCUCGUAAUAUCCUCAUUAACGGCAACCUGGUGUGCAAAGUGUCGGACUUCGGCCUCUCGCGCGUGCUGGACGACAAUCCCGACGCGGCUUACACCACCACAGGAGGGAAGAUCCCCGUAAGGUGGACGGCUCCCGAAGCCAUCACGUUCCGGAAGUUCUCGUCGGCCAGCGACGUUUGGAGUUAUGGCAUCGUGACGUGGGAAGUGCUGGCUUAUGGAGAGCGGCCAUAUUGGAACAUGACCAAUCAGGACGUCAUUCAGUCGGUGGAGGAAGGCUACCGGCUGCCCGCUCCCAUGGGCUGCCCAGUGGCGCUGCACCAGCUGAUGUUGAACUGUUGGCAGAAAGAACCGGACGAGAGGCCGCGCUUCUCCCAGAUCCUCGGCGUCCUGGACAAACUCAUCCGCAACCCUCAGAACUUAAAAUGCACCGCCACGCUCAACCGGUUCACACAAACGUUGUCCGAACGGAGCCACAUUGAUUUCACCCACUGCGGCUCUGUGGAGGAAUGGCUGGACUCCAUUCGGCUGGGAAGGUACCAGGAGAAUUUCGCCCUGGGUGGCUAUUCGUCUCUCGGCAUGGUGAUGCACAUGAAUAUCGAAGACGUGCAAAGCCUGGGGAUCAGUCUGACGGGCCACCAGAGGAAGAUUCUAACCAGCAUCCAAAUCAUGAGGUCCCAACUUCUCAACACCAUGGGUUAUCGGAGACCCCUCUGAUAGGAACUCCUUCGGGGGCCGAGGAGGUCUUUGCGGCUGCUUGUUUUGUCGAGACUUGUUUUCGUGCGGGGGAACCCCACCAUGGAGUUAGCUGGAGCCUCGCUUGUGGUGUCAGCAGUGGGAUACUCCAGAACAAGGAGGUUGAAGGAGGCCCCAGAAACAGGCCGGGUCCUGUUCUCCACCGUUCCUCCUUAGGGUGGACUCCUUCAGACUGAACUUCUCCAGACCUUGGGCCCUACCUGAUCGGUAGGGAGAGUGCGGUGGGGUGUCUCCCGUGCGAGACGGUCUUCGUGACUAGCCGGAGAUGACCACUGUGGAUUCUUAACAGACGUUUUUUUAAAAAGACACUGAUUGCAAUAACGUUCGGACUGCACCCUCGACGGCACCUUCACCAAGAGGGUUCGGAAAGAAGCCCCCCCCCUGCCCCCCUCUGCUUCCGUCGGAGGUGGACAACGGGUGGCCCACCUGAAGCUGAACAGGGAUCGCUCUUCCCGCAUUUCUUCCAGGGUAUCCGGAGCCCACAAACUCGAGUCUCCCCGUCCCCCCUCCCCCAAGAUCCAUCUCCCUUAGCCCACCCUCCGUACUCAUUUCCCAGCUCUCCCUCCCUCCCUCGCUGAGGAAAGCGGGAUUCUCACCCACCACCACCUCUUCCGCGGGAGGGAAACUUCUCCACGUCCAGCCACAUCCCGGGGAGAGUCCGUUUUCCGUGCCACGUUCCUUCAAUCCAGAAAAUUUUCUUGGUGCUGUCCUUGAUUCUCGAUUUACAGGGUAUUCCAUUAUCACUCAGGGGUGGAACGCUGAACUGGUGUCACACACACAUACACACACACACAAAACGACUCAACAACCUCGUUGCUUUCUUCCUUGUCGACCGAGAAGAUCUCUUCCAGUCAAGGCCAUUCCCUGUUUACUUCUUGGGGGGGGGUGUCUCCCGAUCGACACCCCCCCCCAAACUCUCAAAAAUCCAUCACGGACGGUGUGAGAAAUUAAUCUGUGUCCCGUCACAGCUGACCGACAAAGCUUUGGGGAAAAACGGACAUCCCGUCCAGAAGGACGUCUCCUGGAUCAUCUCAAGGCUUCCAGGAUUGAGACCCCAGAAGAGCAUCCAACCGCCCCCCGCCCCCACGAGCUCUUGUAGCAUGCAAUAAAUUUUUUUUUAAAAAAAACCCUCCCCAUCUCUACAGGGUGUAACCACCACCCCCUCGGCCACGACCAGCACCGGAAGCCCAGUCAAAGCCAUUGUCGGACAUAUCAGCCUCAUCCGAGGCGAGUGGCUGGGAGGGGCAAGGGGCGUGGCCUGGUGUGGUUAGCUACCGGUUUGGGCGAACUGCCUCGAACCGGCUGAAUCCCAUCACUCUGUAAACACCAACCUCAGCUCUUAGCCUCGGGCCGUCCAACGGCGAGUAUCCUUCCUAUGGAAGGCCGUUCUUUCAUAUUUUUGAAGCAAGGCAAUAACGUCCGUCGUAACUCGGAGGUUCAGGAGCAGCGGGAGGAGCGGGCCCAGCGAUCCGCACGCGACGUGGUGAAGGGGAGGGAUUUUUGGAAGUCGGUACAGGCGUACAAUGGGGUAGUGGGCUCCACAGGGUGGGAGGGAAGAAAACUCGUGGCCAGUCAAUUCACUACGAUCAAUUCGCCGUGGGACAAUUCAACCAUUCAGGCAGUCUUCAAACGUACGACCGAAAUUUUUGUCGUUAAGUGAGAACAUUUGUUUUUAAGGGAGUUUUGCCUCGUUUUACAGGCAGUCCUUAACUUACAGGCAGUCCUUGACCUACAACCGACAUGUCUGUCGUUAAGUGAGACAUUUGUUUUAAGUGAGUUUUGCCCCAUUUUACAGGCAGUCCUCAACUCACAAGUAGUCCUUGAUUUACUACCGACAUGUCUGUCGUUAAGUGAGACAUUCAUUUUUAAGUGAGUUUUGCCCCAUUUUACAACUUUCCUCCCCUUGUUCGUUAAGUGAAUCCCUGCCGUUCUUAAAUCAGUCACACUGUCGUUAAAUGAAUCCAGUUUCCCCCUGGAUUUGGUCGCCAAAAAAACCAGGGAUCACGUGACUGCCCGUCGUAAAGGUGAGUCAGCUGCCAAUCAUCCGAAUGUAAAUCACUCGACUGAAACCAGUCCUAAGUGUGAAAACUGGUCCUUAAGUCCCCCCCUUUUUUUUCUUGGCCGUCGUAACUUCUGAACGGCCACUAAACGAACCAUUGCACGUCGAGGACUGCCUGUAUAUACGACAGUUUUUUAAAACAAUUAUUUUGAUUUUUGCCAUUUCCCCUUUCAUUCCGACUCUCCUUUUUUCAUCCUUCAGCAUUCAGCCGGUUUUGAUCGGUUCAGGCGUAGCGCUAAUAACGACUUACAGGCCCACCCGCCUCGGCGCUAUGCCGUCCUAUUUAACCACGUUUUCAAGCCGUGUGCAUUGCACAUGCAAGCCAAGCGCACGCAAGGCAGGCCAUGCACAUGUGCAAAAGUGCCGCACGCUCUCACAUUUUCGGUGAUGGGCAAACAAGUAGGUAAAUUACGCGAAUCCUACCUUUGAACCGCUUGCCUUCGGAAGUCGUGGGAGCUUCAUCCCGGGAGUCUUUCAAGAAGAGACCGGACAGCCAUCUGUCAGAAAUGG